CAGGACCCUGCAUUCACUAUAUCUGAUCUCCCCGGACCCUGCAUUCACUAUAUCUGGUCGCCCCCCGGACCCUGCAUUCACUAUAUCUGGUCGCCCCGGACCCUGCAUUCACUAUAUCUGGUCGCCCCCCGGACCCUGCAUUCACUAUAUCUGGUCGCCCCCGGGACCCUGCAUUCACUAUAUCUGGUCGCCCCCCGGACCCUGCAUUCACUAUAUCUGGUCGCCCCCCCCGGACCCUGCAUUCACUAUAUCUGGUCGCCCCGGACCCUGCAUUCACUAUAUGUGGUCUCCCACAGACCCUACAUUCACUAUAUCUGGUGUCCUACUGUAUACAGAACAUGGACAUGCAAUUACUUUAGUAAAUAUAAACGGAUAAAUACCUUUUUUCAUUGGCAGUAUAUAGAAGUCUUG